CGCAGAGGCGCUACAGCAGCUCAUCACAUGAUUCUUCUCUUGUGACAAUCCAGACAGAAAGCAAAAGCGUUUUGUGAGUUUUAUCUGAGUUAAAAGGUGCUGUGAUGACAGAGAGGGCUGUUUUGGUGAUAGAGGACCAAUUGCGAGGAGGGAAAUGGAGUUAAGUUAACCAUUUACCAGACCGCCCCCGACCAUUCCUGUUUUUAAAGUGGACGUUUGGCGAGUAUUUGGGGGGUGUUGUGCCGUCGGGGACAAAGUUGGCGCAUGGAGAGCGACGAAGUUUCAUUUUUGCGCAGCGUGUUUUCUUUGUUUUUGGCGCAAGUGCGGGUCAACGGGAGUCAAACGGCGUUUCGGCCAAAAACAAAGUAACCUAAAAACAAUUUUGUCCGUUGUUGCUGCUGGGGGAAUUAAGUUAAGGGCAGAGAAGGAGGCAAGUUGAGGACGCAACACGUCGGGAGAGAUGUUGGACAACAAGCCACUUCUUCAGGACAGACCUCCCGCCUACAACUCCGUCCCCGGGACUUAUGAAUACGGGCCGCAGCAACCUGGCUAUGGGGCCAUCCCCCCUCCUGCCCCACCGCCAUACCCGUACCCAGACAGCCAAGGGUACCCUCCAGCCCAGAUGGCUCCUGCCAUAUCGCAGCAGCCAUACACUGGGACUUAUGCCAUCAUCCAGCCCUCAGUAGUGGUGGUGGGGGGCUGCCCUGCUUGCAGAGUGGGUGUCCUGGAGGAUGACUUCACCUGCCUGGGAAUCAUGUGUGCCAUCUUCUUCUUCCCCCUGGGCCUCCUCUUCUGUUUCGCACUGCGCCAGAGAAGGUGUCCCAACUGUGGCGCCACCUUCGGCUAGAGGGACCAAACUGCAGCUGAUUCACAUGCACGCUCAUACACACACACCCACACACCCACAUACCCACACACACACACACACACACACACACACACACAUGCAGUCCAGCAUUUUUGUGUCUUUUAUUUUGUUAUCUUCUACAUAUUGCACAUUGCUGUUGCCAUUAUGUUGCAUACAACAAAUGAUCAAGAUAUUACCUUGAAUUAUAUAACCAGAUGUUAAGUUUUUAUUAGAGGCACGUGUGGAAAAUUUAGUCCAUUUUCAUAAGCCAGGUGAUGAUAGAUUAUGGCAUAUUUAACUGUCCAGCCGUGCCUUCACUUCAUGCAAGCUGAGAGAUCCUAACAGAUUCCACCAGCCAUGAAUUCUUCUUUGAUGUAACUCAGUGGUUCACAUCCCUGAGCAGAUUCCUUUUGUGUUUUGUCAUGUCAGAAUGAACUGAGGCACAUUUAGGUUCCGUGCCACAGGUUUGAUUUUUGAUUUUUGUUUGUUUGUUUGUUUUCCUUUGCUGCCAUAAUGCUCAUAUGUUUCACAUAGUCUUGAUUUUGUGCUUGGUGACUCUGUACUCAUCACAGCAUCCAUGUAGAUCACUGAUGAAUCAGCUUUAUCAAGCAGCCCUUUUAAAAAAAAAAAAAUCUCAUUUUGCUUCCUUUUGGCUCGAUCUGUCACUUGGAAUAACCCAUACAGCCAGUGUAAAGAGACUUGUGGAAGAUCCCUUGGACAUAAAAUGUCCUGCCUGAAAUGAUGGACUUUUAUCAGACAAAUAGUCUCUGCAAGAUUUUGUCUGUUUUUUUUCGUUAAUGUUAUUUCUUGGGGCCAUAUUUGCACUGAUGGUUUGUUUGAUGAUUAUUCUGCUAGGUUGUGCUUUCCCAGGGCCAAUGCAGACCUCAGGUAUAUACAAUCUGACAUGCCCUCGACUUUACAACCUCAAUCACUGUCUGACUUUGGACUCCUGCUUUAAGGAGGCGCUUGUGUUUAAGCGCACACUCCUUCUUUAAUGUGCAGAGUCGCAAUUAUAAGGAAGCAUGCAGCAAGAAAUGAGGCAUAGAAAUCUGUCAAAAAAUGUAUAAUCUCUGGAUGAUGUUUAUCUUAGUACUCUACUCUGUGACAACUCAGCCCGCCCCGUUCCUCCCGACCACAGACAAUCAAUCAGGAGCGUCCACGUCUGUACCUGCAGUUUCUUCAUGUGUCUACGUCUUCCAUCAGAACGGGAUGUUACGGUUCUGUCUACGGCAGAAGGAAGAGAAAUGUGACUGGAGGGGGGCGGAUUUUAAAAUCUUCUUGCUUUAGAAACACACUACGCACGCUGUUACAAUUGAGGUUCCUACUUUUUAUAUAAGAGUUAUUGUGAUUAAAACUGAAUGCUACU